AUGGUGUUGACCAAAGGAAUAGCCAAAGAGAGGCUGGCGAUUAGAGGGCUGCCCCUCCACAUCGUUUUCAUCUGCCCCAUAAUUGUGUACAGCUCGUACGUUGCUGUCACCUGCCAGGGCUUACCUUGGUGGGCAGAGCCAUUUGCAGUCGGGCUUGGCAGUCUCCUGAUUGACAUCCCGUUCGAUAUCAUGGGUGUAAAGCUGCUCUGGUGGACUUGGCAUGACACAGACCCGAACAUUUUUGACAAGCACUAUUCGGUGCCCUGGGCUUCUUACAUGUUCCACUUGUCGACUGCCAGUACUUUCACCUUUUUCAUCAACUCGGGGAGCCAAACACUCAGUCAGGACCUGCGGCCUCAGCUCACACGUAAAGAACGGCCACUUAAUUGCACGGUGGCCGCUCGAGUCCGCCCCAGUCUGAGCCGCACGAUUCAGGAGAUGAAGAAAUGCCGAAGAGCGAAGAAUAUUAUAUUUUUUUUGACGCAAAAAGGAAAUAUACUGCAUGACAAGAGAAAUUCCAAGGCAAGAACGGAGAAUAAUCACCGGAAACUCCAAAUCAGUAUCAUCGGGAUUCAUCAAGGAGAUGCUCUGUUUGUUUUCAUCGUGUGGACGGCAGAUCGGAACAAUCCCCGAAAGAGCAAGGAAAACGCUACGCGAGGCUGGUGGCUGAAGCACGAAAUAGGGCAAGGGGUCCUGCUUCACUUUCUGUUCCUGGCUCUCCUGGUCAUCUACUCCCAACCGGAACAUCAGGUCUCCAUUGGACUCCACGAGAUUGCAGGGCCCUGCAACCAGACCAAAGCCAUAACCUCAGCAUUGGGGGUGGUCGAGUACAGACGCGCCUACCUGUGCACUGAAGACUAUGAUAAGGCAAUGUUUGACUGGCAUUGUGUGCCCGGAGCUAAGCCUCCGUCGCACGGGACGGACUGGUAUACCAUCUGUGGCACCCCAUUCCCCAACCACAUGGAGUACAUCUACACCGUGAUCGCAAGCUGCCUGCUAAGCCUUGCCGUCUACAGGAUUGCGCUCAAUGGGCGGACACAGCAUGUGAAGGGGAUUAAGUCUGAUUAACACCCAUCUCUGGAGAGUGGAGUGAGCUAAACCAAACCACUGUAGGAUUGGAUAAAGAGAGAGAUGGCAUGAGUUUCGCUAGGAUCCAGGCCCCUUUUAACAAUUGCUUGUAAGCUUCAACCUUGU